CGUGAUCCAUACGUGUCCUGUCACUAGCCAUUGCAAGCGCAAAUCCUAAGUUGGCUCGAGGUGACAUACAACCAUUUGAACUUGCGGCCAGAGCCACCCACCUACACUCACCGGCUGAGCUGCUAAGCAUUUAGCCAUCUCUCUUUGGCGCUUAAAUACUGACAGCUGCGAGCAUGGAGGCGUUGAGGUGCCAGUCGCGAGUCCUCGGCGCUGGCCACGCAGCUGCCACCGCCUCCGCAGUUCGCCGACCAGCGCUUUCUCUGGUAUCGCAUUCAGUAAGGACACCAGUCCAGCGGCAAGCGGCGUACUAUGAGACCGACCUGCCCCUCGCCAACAUCGCCAAGGCUACGCGCACAGUGCCAAAGGCCCCGAAGCCGACCGGCAACGCGGUCAACGACCUGGUGACGAAGCUGCAGCUGUGCUUUAAAAUCUUCUUUCCUGAUGAGGAGCCUAAGGUCAAUGUGACGCCCAAGGAGGAGGUCAAGCGGCGAUUGAAAAUGGUUCUGGUGGCGGACCGCUGCGGCAUGAGCCCCAACUCUCUUGGCGAGCUCAAGCGGACCAUUGCGCGUGCACUCCAAGAUUUUGUGGAGCUCGAGUCGGAGGACGCGAUUGAGGUCAACAUCAGCGACGACCCCGGCCUGGGCACGGUGUACUGCGUGGCCAUCCCCGUGCGCCGCGUCAAGGCGGAGAGCCGUUUCGCGGAGGGGCGGCUGGAGGCCGGCCCCGACGGCGUCGUGCUGGAGUGGGACCCCACGGACCUGCACUCCGACCCUUCCAGCCGCUUUCCCCUGGGCUGCUAAAAAGCCUGGCGUUAAGCUGUCGGUCCUGCUCAGAUUGUGGGGCUGCGACGCCAGGCGGCAUAUUGAGUGAUGUGGUGGAGUGCGUUUAUGGAGCGGGCGGGUCGCAUGUGACCAGCCAGGCGCGGAGGUGGGAGAGCGUGGCACCAUGGCGCUAGGUUGGGUUGGGUGUGUUGUACAACGUAGGUAUGCUGUAAACACCAGCAUGGCGUUGCAUGACUAGAGCAGGGUUAGAACAUGUAGCUGCUUGAUACAACAGAUAGGCAGACGGUGCGAAGUUUGUCUGGGCGGUGACUGUGUGGGAUCUUGGACUGGCGCUUGCUUGCCAUGUGACAUGUGGCCUUCGGCAAUGGCGAAGAGGGUUUAUGCCUUGCCAUCAGACUGUCAUCGAGUGAAGCAUGUACGGGCUCGUACUGCAUGUACUUUUAACGCCUUGUGCGGACUAUGUGGGCACGGGUGUGCUGGGUUCCGGCUCCUGGGUACCUCGCAGAGGCGCCACGUAUGGUAUGAUGUAAACACCAUCCGUU